UGUGGGAGGGUCCCUCAGGGCCGCCGCCCCGCUGUCCCGGGCGGGACGCCGGGCUGUGUCCCCGCCAUGGAGAAAUAUGAGGUGCUGGAGCAGCUCCCACCCGGGGCACUGGGCACGAUGCUGAUWGCUCAGCUGAAAACAGACGAAGGUGCCCAGAAGAAAUAUGCAAUAAARCAGGUUGAAUGCAUUGACCAACACCAAGCAAAUGUGGCCUUGAAAGAGGCAAGGUAUUUGCUAAAACUCCGCCAUUCAAAUGUCUGUACUUACAAGGAAUUGUUUGUGAUGUGGAAUACUGAGGUCACAUCUCUGUUCCUCUGCUUGGUAAUGCAGCACUCAGGCCAAGGAGAUCUUUUAGCUCUAAUCAAGGAAAAAAGGCAGAAGUCAGAAAAGAUAACAGUCAUGGUGGUUCAGAGAUUCCUGGGACAGAUGGUGGAUGCUUUGUUUUACAUACACAAAAAAAAUAUUUGGCACAGAAAUCUCAAGCCAUCAAAUAUCCUCGUGAUUGGUGAAACAUCCUUCAUGCUUACUGACUUCAGUACUGAAACACUUGUGAAAGAUGAACUGAARUGGAAAAUAAGAGUGGAAGAAGAAAGCAAGUCUUGGAUGGCUCCAGAAACAUUUGAAUUUUCUUUUACUGACAAAUCUGACAUCUGGUCUCUGGGCUGUGUCCUCCUUGAUAUGAUGAGCUGCUUUGUUCUGAAUGCAGAAGAGAUAACUUCCUUACUGCAGGAUAUCAGAACAGACAGCAGCCGCCUUGAGGGAGUCCUGACACUGAUGCAGGAWGGAGAGAGCAGAUAUUCAUCUUUUUUUCAAGUUUUAUUGAUGAUGCUACAGAUUGAGCCCAGCAUGAGACCCACAGCAAGGGAUCUGGGCAAUGUUCCAUUUAUUGAGGAAUGCCUGACUUUUGCUGGUGACACUUUAAUUAAAGUGAAGAAGACCAUGCCUUCCAAAAUAACAGAUGUGCUCUUUGAGGGAGGAGUCAGAAGUGUUUUAGAAUUCAUGCAGGCUUCCUGGGAUAUUGAAGAAGUCCAGGCUAAAGGCAUUCAGUACCUUGCCAGCUUUGUGAAGGACAAAAGUGUGUUCCCCUAUCUGCUACCAUGCACGGAAGUGGUCACUCUUGCCAUGAGGACUCACGUAGAUUCUCUGGAGUUACAAACAGAAGCCUGCACUUUAUUGCUUGAAAUUCAUAGUCAAGCUCUGGAACAGGGGGUGAUGGUGGCCUUGGAUGAAGAUGUGGCCAGCUGCCUGUUACGCACAGUGAGAAAACACUCAGAAAAUGAAGAGUWCCUUUCAUCACUCUGCACAUUAUUGAUGAUGGUUUCAGCCAGUGAAGUAGCUGCGGAGAAUCUAAGGAAAGUUGGAAUAAUUCCAGACCUUCUGUCAAUUUUAAGWCGUUUUCUUCAUAAUGACAAGAUCUGCUUCUCUUGCUGUGCGGUUCUGUGGAGCUUGGCUGUGAGUGGUAAUUCAGAGAAUAAUGCAGACCAAGCAGUGCUGGAAAGUGCUGUCCCUGUCAUCCGUGCAGUCCUGCAGGAGCACCUCCAGAACGGGGUCGUUGCGGAGUCUGCCUGCUCUGCUCUGUGGGCAUUGUCACUCCAAGGUGCUGUAACUGACAGUGAAUGUGAGUCCACAACAACAACUUUGCUGGAUGCACUCAGGGUGAACCCAGAAAGAGCAGUGCUGGUGAAGAACGGCUGCCUGGCCUURGCCAGCCUUGUGAGGCUGUCAGAAACUGCAGCUUUGGCAAUUCUCCUGGACCCCAAAGGCAGUGGAAUAGAGCUGAUCAAAGAUGAAUACUACCUUCACCUUGAUGACCCAGGGGUGGCAGAAGCUCUGUGCCUGCUGAUGAAUGAGAUGGUUCAGUAUGAUGAGAUUUUGCUGGAUAUGAGGUCCCAGAAAGUGGAAAAGCUGCUGUGUAAAAUGAAACUCCAGUUUCCAUUUAGCACGGAGAUACUGACCCUGGUGGAUGCAACACUUUUGAAAGUGAGGAAGGAAAAACGCUUUGUCUAA